AUGUCUCUGAUAAACAGUCACCCCUCUGCAGCCAUGGACAAUGCGCCGUUUAACUUGCACCGGGCGUUUAGCUCCAGCGCGGAAAAUGUUGGUAAUAUGACCACUAGUAAUUCUUCGCCACUUCACCACUCUACUAUGGCGACACUUAACCCAUCGCAGAACAUGGAUGGCAGUCAGGCAGGGAGCACAAAUAACAAUAAUCCUAGUGGUGCAAACGCCAGCAACGUGAGUGGUGUCAAGGGAGCGAAUUCCAACCACUCUCCGCUUCAUAUUGCGACUAUGUUGAAUACACUGUCGAUUAACUCGAACCUGCCAUCGCAGCAGCAGUCGACAGGUCAGGGUCCAUACUUGGUGCGGUUGCAAAAUGUCCCUAAAGACAUUACCCUUCGGGAAUGCCAUGCUUUGUUUGCAUUGGCUCAUGGUGUGUUUUCCAUCGAGUUGUCCUGUUUCCAACAAUAUGCAGCAGAAAGAUCUCAGCUAUCUGGCCAGGAAUCGAACAAUUACAUUGUUGCAAAGUUCGAAUCCCUGCAUUUUGCAUGUCAGUAUGCAACAAUUCUAGACGAAAAGUCUCAAAUAUUUGGGCCUAGUUUCCCAUUUAAAACUUAUGUUGAAGUUGUUGAUGAGCUAACGCAGCAGCAAAUACCAUAUCACUCGCAAAUUCAGCUACAGCAAGGUUCUCCUCCUGCGCCCUCCCAAGUAACACCCUACCAACAACCACUGCUUUCUGCAUCUGGUGUUGUUAGCCCUCCACAGUCUGCUUCUAGUGUUAAAAGACCAAGUCUUUUGGCUCAACGUUCAAGAUUCUCGUUUAACGAUCCAUUUUCAAAUGAUCAAGGUAACCAAUCCUCCCAGCAACCUGAUAUAAUUACAACGCCUCUGAAAGCCCAUCAAGAUGCAGGGAAGUCCUUCUUGUUAAUGGAAAGUGAUGAGAUUAAUGACAGCAUAUGGGGUAAUGGAACUGGUAUUCCAUCCAGUAUCAGUGGUUUAACGACAUCUCAGCCACCAACACCGCAUUUGGAAUGGGGGGCUACUGGAAGACGUCAAAGCUCUACAUUUUACCCAUCUCAGUCUAAUACUGAAAUACCUCCAAUGCAUCUGACCGGUCAAGUAUCAUCGUCUUCUCAAUUAGCAACUGGUUUGCAACAACCAUUACAGCAGUCACAGCGCCAAUCAUUAACCUAUAGCUUGGUUACCCCAUUGUCAUCUGAUAUGAACUUACCGCCCCAAACGGCUCAGGCUGGUGUUCUACCGCAUCCUCAUCAGCAACAUCAAACAAAAGUGCAACAACAGCAUCAAAGGCAACAACCGCAGCAGCAGCAGCAGCAGCAGCAGCAAACUCAACAACAGCAACAACAACAACAACAACAACAGCAGCAGCAGCAAACUCAACAACAGCAAACUCAGCAACAGAAACCACAGCAACAACAACAACAACAACAACAACAACAACAACAAGCGUCUCAGCAAUCUCAGCAAACACAACCUCAUAAUCCACAAACUGCUAGCCAAAGUCAGUCGCAGUCGCAAGCAGCUGGUAGUCAACAGAAGCUAGCUAACAGAAACGGAACAGCCAAAACAUUACAAGUUGUUGGACCAAAGAAUGCAGCAGCCGCUUUGCAGAACACCAGUGGGAUGUCCCAAGUUGACUUGUCAUUGUUAGCUAAAGUUCCACCGCCCGCGAAUCCAGCGGAUCAGAACCCUCCUUGUAAUACUCUCUAUGUUGGGAACCUACCUCCGGAUGCUACGGAACAGGAAUUGCGACAGUUAUUUUCUAGCCAGAAAGGUUUUAGGAGGUUAUCUUUCAGGAAUAAAAACAACAAUGGGAAUGGACAUGGGCCAAUGUGUUUUGUUGAGUUUGAGGAUGUUGCACACGCAACCAGAGCAUUGGCUGAGUUAUAUGGUAGUCAAUUAUCUCGCACUAGUGGAUCGCAUAAUAACAAAGGCGGUAUAAGGUUGAGUUUUUCGAAGAAUCCAUUGGGUGUCAGAGGGCCUAACAGCAGGAGAGGAGGUAAUACCAACAAUAGCGGCAAUACGACCACUACAAGUUAUUCAUAUGCGACGGCUUUUAACAAGUCUUGA